UCGUCACCGUCGUCGGAAGAAACAGACUCUGAAUCUCCGAUCACCAUGUCGUCGUCGUCGACGUCCUCAUCGGAGAAGAAGGAAACUCUGUUGUUUCAUGUGGAGCUGAACGAAGUCCGUCUUCUGCAGAAGGCCUUGAGACCCCUGUAUGAGACCGCCUACUUCCCGGACGACAUGUCCCUCGCCGGAAAGAUCCGCGACUCCGGCCACUUCUGCAUAUCUCCGGACGGGGUUCUUAUCGCCUCCACAACCUCUUUCCCGCCUCAUCUUGACGCCUAUCUCGAACUGCCGCGUGCGACCUUCGCCGCCCUUCGCUGCCACAAGGACCAUGUGCUCCGCCUCAACCUCCGCCUCUUGGAGGACCGAAUCGCCGCCACCACCGUCAACGGUUGUGAUGGUGUUUCUGCAUGCUUCUCCGGAGAGAAGUACAGGCACAGCGCCCUGCUCUAUUCUCUGAGGGACAAGGAAGGUUUUGCCGUGCACAGCUCUGAGAUACCGCUCAUUUGCUCUUAUCCCGGUUUUCUGGCGACGUUAGAUUGGUCAGAUUACAGUUAUCAACUCAGCAUUGAGAUGCCGACGGAGACUUUUAAGCAACUUAUCAAUUCUUUGAGCUUGUAUGGGUUUGCAGUUCGUGCCACCGUGACAAUUACUCAAAUCAUGUUCCGUGUAGUCAAUGAGGAGGUUGUUCUGAGGGCAGAGGCUGAGGUCUACAAGAUUCUGCGUUCGAGAAGUCGAUAUCCGUAUUUGUUGGAAUUUGGUCUCCAUCAAAAGAGUGCAUUCCUGAAUGCGGCGAGUCUAUCAGACAGAGUUAGGCUUCACCAGCUUUUGGAUUUACGCACUGUGUUGGAGGUACCUGUUAAGGGACUCGGUAGCAUCCUGUUUUGUUUCAAGCUUUAGGUGAUCAUCUAUGAGUCAAAAUUUACAUGUAUUUUCUCUGUCCUAGCUCGACUGAAAAUUCUUGUGGGUAUAUCGAUUUCCAGUAGAUGUU